GAGAGGGUGACCAAACGGAGGGAGGGAGGGGGAAACGGCGUAUGCUUGUAUACAACCCUGAUUUCCAUUUUUUUCCCAACUCGUAAUGUAUUUAAUUCAAGUGAAACGUAAUCAUGACGUGUCGUGUCAUUAAUCUCCUCGCCGCCUCUCCCGAAAUUAUUGAAGAAGGCUGCCUCAGAAGCGUAUCCGCCCUUGGCCAAGACACUAAAGAAUGGCAUAACAUCACACACACUGCUGUGAUAGAGGAUGGAUUCUCCACCAGAGUGUGUUUUGUCUCUUACAUGUGAGCAGCCCCAGUCUCCGCAAACGCUGCCAUCUCUUGACCACAGCCCUCAACCAUCCUCUCCUUUACCCGACAGCCCAGUUGUACUUCCGAUCCCUAGCCCUGAACCUUCCCCGCAGAGUCCAGACACAACGCCGUACUUCCCCCUCUCUCCCUUCCCCCUCCAAGAGGUCAACAAUAAUGACUGCCUUGAUCUGGAUGGUGAGGAUUGCGAAGAAGAACUAGAUGGAAUUCCAUCCCCAACCCCAGCAGUGGCUUUGUUUCCAGGUGGAGGAACUCAAGACGUAGGAUGCGGCCCAGGUUUGGAUUCUUCCCCACCAGACACACCAUCAGCUCCGUUCCUCGGGUAUGGCGCCCUGGAAUUGGCCCUUUCUUCAGGACAGGGAGGAAACUGCAGUGAUGAAUUAGAUCUCCAACUGUUCCAGAAGGAAACUGUUACUAGGGCCAUACCUGGGGCUGGAGGGGCCUCACCUGGGCCUGCGCUCAGGUUUCCCUGUCGUGUGUGUGGGAAGAGGUUUCGAUUCCAAAGCAUUCUCUCCCUUCAUGCUAGAGCACAUAGUUUGGACCGGGACCGAAAAUCUUCAUCGCUUUACAGCACUAGACCUCCCUCAUCUUCCCUGAAACAGCACCUAAAAAUACGCCAGAACCAUAAAGAUUUUCUCUCCAAUCACAGAAGUGGCUCAAAUCAGCGUUUACUGCCAAAAACUCUCAUCCAGCACCUCACAGAGGACGAGAAUGUGAAUGGAGAGGAUAAAGGUUUGGAUGAUGAUCUGAAGACAGACAGGAACCCAAACUUUUUACUGGAUGACAGCACACCCUUGACCCCUCCACUUACAGAAGACCCUGUAUCUCUAACUUCCCCUUAUUCUUCCACUGGCGAGGGCUCAUCUGUUGCCACUGCACCUACGUUUCGCUGCCAUGCCUGCAAGGGGAAAUUCCGCACAGCUUCAGAACUGGCGCGUCACGUCCGCAUCCUCCACAACCCUUACAAAUGCACCCUUUGUCCUUUCUCUGCCAGCCAAGAAGAGAGUCUGGCAUCUCACUUACAGGAGUGCCACCCGUCCCCCGAUGCGUCUGCCUUGACAACUGCCUUCAACUGCAGGACCAUCAUUGACACACCAGUGCCCACACCAUCACAUACCCCCGCCCCUACCCCAAGUAAUCCUCCGAUUACAUCGGCUGCUGGAGUCCCUUCCUCCUCCUCAUUGCCAGCAUUUCGCUGUGAUACUUGUGGCCAGAGAUUUACCCAGUCCUGGUUCCUGAAGGGACACAUGCGAAAACACAAGGAUUCCUUAGACCAUAAGUGCCAGGUCUGUGGCCGUGGCUUUAAGGAGCCUUGGUUCCUUAAGAACCACAUGAAAGUUCAUCUUAACAAGCUCGGCCUCAAAGCCGGAUUGGGACACCAUAGCAUUCUCAUGAGUGCCGAGCAACAGUCCAAGGGCUCUGCAAGCACUCACACCCUCAACUCUUUGUACUCAAGCCUGCUUAUGGCCCAGAGAGGAGGCGGAGCUAGAGGUGGAAGGUCUGACAGAGAAACUGGGGGUAGGGUUGAUAUGAGUUUAAGCAAGUCUGCCAUCCUGGGAUAUCUUGGAUUGCCCAGUGAUGGCAGUGGGGCAAGUUGCAUGGAAAGACUUCAAGCAGCAGCUCAGGUGGCAGAGAUGGGAAAUAGUGAUGGAGGAAUUGGUGGAGGCAGCAACCCUGGCAAUAGAGUGGGGGGAGCAUCGAGAAGCACAAGUGAAACAUCAGCUAUUUCAGAAGGAGGGGAACAGGCGACUUGGUGGCAGCUGGUUGCUCGUAGCCUGGCUGUGGCUCAGCAUCAGCAGAGGCCACAGCAACGAGGACAGCAGCAAGGUCAGCGAGCUCCAGGUCGAAGUUCAGUGAUCACAGAAGCAGACCAAAUCAGGGCCUACCGAUCCGGCCUGGAUCCCAGAGCAGAGACAGGAGCUGGGGGACCUUGGGAAUGCCCCGACUGUGGGAAGCUGUUCCGCAGCCUACAGCAGGUGGUGGUGCAUGCUCGUGUCCACGCUCAGAGGCCACAGAAUCGUAGCACCAGUGAAGAAGACGGGACUGCUAAUCGUAGAGGAAUGGGACUAGGAAGAGGAGGCAACAGUGAAGCAAGACCAGAAUCCCAGCUUCACAGCAGUGGAUCCCAGCAAACAGGAGAUAUAAGACAGGAAUCAAAGCUGAACAGUGUUGGAUCUCAGCAAACAGGAGGAGUCACCGGCUUUCACUCUGUUAUAUCAAACUUCAAAGGUGAAAACGGCUUUGGAGCAGUCUCCUCCAUGCCCUCGGUUCCCACCAGGGAGCGAGUGCGUGGCAGAGGGAUCAAAGACUGCCCCUACUGUGGCAAAGCCUUCCGCUCUUCCCACCAUCUCAAAGUGCACCUGAGAGUUCACACAGGUGAGAGACCCUACAAAUGCCCCCACUGUGACUACGCCGGCACUCAGUCUGGCUCACUGAAGUACCACCUCCAACGACACCACCGGGAGCAACGCAAUGCCUUAUCAGCUUCCUCCAAUUCCUCCUCUGGCUCCACUUCCAGCAUCCACACAUCUGGCACCCCUGGACUAGUCAAGCAGCGUCGUUCUCAACUCAACCACAGCCCAAUUAAUCGAGGCACAGCUGAUAUGCCCACUUCGCGGUCCGGUCAGCAAUCCUGGCUCCUGGGCCUUCCAGACCAACGUGAGCAUCGUAAGGCUCUGGCAGCUCUACGGGAUGUUGACCUGGAGACCCAGUACAGGUAUCUGUCUGGGGUUAUGGGGGCACUGUACCAAGGAGGAAUGGAAGGAGGUUGGAUCAGGGGAUCCCCACCACCAAAGACUGCUAAAGUUUCCCGGCGUAAACCUCUCACGACUAGUCGAAUGGUUCAACCACAAAAUGAUAACGAUGAGCAAAAGCCAUCAGCUACGGAGGGAGGAUUUGAGCCUUUGGAUCUUUCCCGACGCACCUCCCCCAGCCAUGGUGGGAUAGAGGAGAAUGAAGGCACUAGUGCAGCAGAAGACGGGGUUGUGUUUGGUGUAGAUGGUGAAAAGGAUAGCACAACAGGGGUCAAACUUAGCCAGUGUUUGUUCUGCCCUUUCCAUACAUCAUCAGCAGAGUUGAUGGCCAUGCAUAUCCAGGUCAACCACACAAGCAAGUCCAGGCGUAAGAGGGUCUCCUCUACUCUCCUGGAUGACGACAGAGCCCAAAGGGCCUCCAAGCCACGAAUGGAUACCUCUGACCUUGAUCCUCUUACAGGAUGGAGGCACGUGAGUGAGGAUGAACCCUUGGCCCCUGUGGGCCACUGGUCCUCCUCUCAGCACUAUAUUCCAAACGGUCACCCUGAGGAUACAGCAGAUCAUCAGUGGGAUGCUUCUUAUCAUCAAGACUCGAUGUCCUCAGCGACCAAGAAUGUAAGAGAGGAUCCUGCUGUCAAGGAAAAGACAGCGGAAGAGAAAGAAAUGGAUAUGGAAUUUGAAGAGAACAUGGAGAGCAGCAGCGUGGAGGAUUUGCAGGAUCGAGAUCUGAGGAUGUCGCUUGACCUUUCACCACCUGUGAGCCCUAACCGCAUGGCAGAGGAGGACGAAAAGGUCCUAACAGAUUAAAAACGCCUCUGCGUUUUCAGCUGUAUAUGUGAUGGAACUAAAAAAGGGAAUGUGACAAGAAAGCAUCCCUUCAUAAUUUAAUUUAUGAGAGAACAUAGAGUCUUGAAGAAAAACAGAGGGGAAAAGAGCUGCUUUAAUGUUCCUUCUGGUAUGAAUUGUCUAUUUUCUUUGUAACAGUUUAAUCCUCUAAAAAAUACACUAAUAUCCCUGUAAUAUCUAAGGAGCAUGGACACAACUUUUCAGAUUUUUGUAGGCCACAUUUUGUAUUCUUCCCCUUCCAAGAAUAACUCCAAGCUUGAGGCUUUUCAGGAUCAUGUCCUAUUCAACAAACGUCUACGUCUACUACCAUCAUUCCAGAGUCACAAACCAUUGGAUAUACUGUUAUAAGGGCAGUGUAUUCCUGACUAGUACAGCGAGUGAGCUGAACAGGUAACUCUCCUGACUGACCCCUGAACAGUUUAAUGCUGUCAACUUCAGCUUCCUCCUCAAUCAACUGAAAAUUUUAAGAUAUUUGGCAUUAAUUUAAGGCAUGAGGUGACUGUUUCCUCGUCUGUGUAUCACUGCCUUUUUUCUCGGCUGUUUAUUGAUUACUGUCCUAAAAAAACUCUGAAAGGAAGGUUUGUAUUUUUAUUUUAUUUUUUAUGUCGUUGGUGUAAUCAGUUAGUGCCUGUUCAUGUACAUGUUGUUCGAAAGAGUCUCUGGUGUCACCCGAGUCUCACAUAGGUUGCUCAUUUUAUCGGAAUAUACAGUUUCAAAUGAUUUAAAUACAAUAUAUUUGUUAAAAGUGGUUCUAGGGUGUUGUGAAUAGUUGUAAAAGAAAUGCUACGUCAUAGCGUAAUGUUCUCGGCACAAACUGUAGCUGGUUUGUGGCUCAUUUUAAAAAGUAUUCUUUUUUUUUAAGUAGGCAAUGAUGAAAUGUUUAAAGACCACAAGAUAGAAAUUUGUCGGCUUAGAAUUCCCUACUCACAAUGGAAUUGAGGUUGAGGUCCAUCGUAGUGAACGAAUAAUUAAUCAUGGGUUUGUUUUAGGGCUGUAGGGGGGCGAUAUUGACCUCUCUUCCACAAUCAGUUGGCACAUUGUUUCUAAAAAAAAUUAAAGGUGUCACAAAAAAGCAUUUAGUUGAGAUAGAGGGUAGAAAAGGAGAGAUGAAUAGAAUCGCUGCCAGACAAGACUAAAUUCAAGAAAUAAGUUGUACUUUUGGGUUAUGUCUUUUAGGCAACUAGAAUCCUUCUCUUUUUUUUCUGUAAAAAAGGAAAAGACAAUGGUAGGAGUAAUUAUUAAAACACUAACACAUGCUUAGACAUCCCAGUAGUAUAUGUGUAGCUUUUGUAAAGACAAGAAAAGAAAAACCCACAGACCCUUUUGUUUAUUUUCAUUUCAAGAUGCUUACAGAAAAAGGUUAUCAAUAUAGGUAUUAUUGAUUAUAAUGUUUGUGAGCUAAGACUAGUUGGAAUGUCUAUACAGAGCACUGUGCAAGGUUUGAGUUCCCAAAGUAGUUGUUUUUAUGUUGACUCUAUCAAUAGACCAAACUUUUUGUUUCUCCAAUGGCAGUUUUUGUUGUCAUUUAAAUGUGUAAGUGUGUGGUUUGAGUAGAUUUACCCCAUCAAUUAGCAAAGAGAAGCAGCGUAAUCAAAGUUUAAGAGCCUAAAUCAUUAAUGCUAUAAAGCGCUAACUAAAAUAAUAUUUCAAAGAUUGUGAAUACAUAGCGAAUAGAUAGCACUGGUUGAAGCAUACUAAUUAUUUUCUUAUUUGAUGGGGUAUAGGGCUUUUGGAGUGAUAUCAGAGCAAAUGUUGGCAUAAUUCUGCAUCAGCAUCAGUACACAUCUACAUUAAAAAUAUACUACCAGAUAUUUCUAAAGAGUUUUCUAAAUAUAUUUUGUGUUUACAAGGAGGCAUCAGACAUAUUUGAUCCUACACAUACAUUUACAGUGGAUUAUAUUUUGACAUCACUCUUAUGCCAUGGCGUUUUGUGCGUACAGCAGUGAGCGGUAGUGAUUAUGCUAACACUAGCUUGCUUCUUUGUGGGUGACUUGUACACUUAUUUUUGCUAACAUUUCCAAGAAAUGGUCCCACAAUGCCAAAAUUAGUUUCUGUUUAUGGAAUUUAAAAUGCAAAUGUAUA